AAGGUUUUUAGUCUCUUUUCGUAAGAAAUGGCUGGAAAAAGUCGAGGUCGACCUAAGAAAACCAAUAGCGAUGCUGCUGCAGAUCAGAAUAAUGAGGAAAUAAAUAAUAAACGAGCUAAAUCUGCUCACAAGCCUAAACAUGAAGAAGAUGAUGAAAAGAAGGAAGUUGAAACACUUGAUAAUUCUGCAUCAGAUCCAGAAGAUGAACAAAAUGAAGAAAAGAAUUCUGAAGUAGAUAAAAAAGAAAAGGAAUCAUCAUCAGAAAAUGGCGAUAUUGGAUCAGAAGAUGAGAAAUCGGAAAAGGGAAAUAAAAAGGCUAACUCUAAAUCUAGUAAUGAGAAGGGUUCUGCACCAGCCAGACGUGGCCGACAGCAAAAGGCAGUUCCAAAUUAUACUGAAGAUUCAAAUUCUGGCAGUGAACCUGCUGAAGUCCCGAAAUCAGAAGAUGAGGAAGAAGAUAAAGAAGAAUCUAAAAAGAAGCGUGGAAAGAAACCGAAAGAAACUGCGAAAAGUAAACCUGCUGAAAAAAAAAUGGCACCAGCUCGGCGAGGUCGUCCCCAGAAAUCUGUUCCCAAAUAUACUGAAGAUUCAGCUUCAGAAGAGGAAUCAAAUGCUGCUGCAGGGUCCGAAGAUGAAGACUAUGUAGAAAAAAAGGAAAGUGGAAAGAAGAAAGCUGGGAAAGGCAAAACUGCGAAGAAUCAAACGGUAACAAAAGGGAAGCGAGGUCGAAAACCGAAAGCAGCACCCGAACCAGAACCUUAUUUAUCUGAAAAUUCAUCUGAUGAAGAAAAAGCUCCAACAAAAAAGCAAAAACGUUCACCUGCUGAAGAAAAAGAAUCUGAAAGUUCGUCCUCUUCUAAAAAAAUGACAAAAGAUGUCAGAAUAGUUCUUGAACAUUGUAAGUCCUGACAAGUGUAUGGAAGGAACGCUGUUGCUCUUAAGAAAGCAUUAGAGCAAGCAUUUGAUAACAUUUCUGUGACCAUUAAUCCGGAAAAGCCCCGCAAAGGAAGUUUUGAGUGUAUUUUAGUUAAAGACGAAACUAAUUCGGUUGUGUGGAGUGGUAUUGAGAAGGGACCGCCUCGAAAGCUGAAGUUUCCUGAUCAUAAAUAUGUCAUCAGUAAAUUGCAGAAGGAACUAAAUAUUAUUUAAUAC